AUGAUUUCACCGAAAAUCUUCUGCAUCUUCUUGGUCGCAUCACAGGCUACCUCAACUGCUGCUAAUGCCAUACUUCCCAUCGUCGGAACCCACAACUUCGAUAUCGCCGUUUCGUUCGCAUCGUUGACCGACACUGAACGUCUUGACCCCUUCGCCAAGGACGGACGGUCUCGAAGGGUUAUGCUAUCUCUUUUUACGCCUGUUGCCAACUGUCGUCACAAGCGUCUCGAGCCGUACAUGUGGCCAGCAACUGCAGCUUUUGAGAACGACAAAUUCGCCGCCUAUGGUCUGCCGAACGGUUCCUUCUCCGCUUUGACGCUCGAGACUUGCAACGAAACAAAGCCUCCAGGUUGUUCGUCACGUGAACAGUAUCUUCCGCUUGUGCUUUUCUCUGGUAGCCUGGCCAUCUCACGCUUGAUUUACAGUGGCAUGCUGCAAUCGAUCACCGCGGCUGGAUACCUGGUAGUCUCGAUAGGCCAUCCCUACGAAACUGAUUUCGUCGAGUUUCCAGAAGGCAGUAUUGUCAACGGCGUCGAUAUCGAGAGCGACGCGGACGUUGAACUGGCGCUUACUACCCGUGUGGCGGACAUCGCCUUCGUACACCGACAGAUGGGCAACAGCUCUUUUGUGAAUACAGUGUUGCCGGGUUCUGGGCUUGGAAAUGGAUGUCUCACUCGAAAGACAGCAGUUCUGGGCCAUUCACUUGGAGGCGCUUCCGCCGCUGCGGCAAUGUUGGCCAUCCCGUCUAUUCGCUGUGGUGUAAAUCUCGACGGCUCCAUGUUCGGAUCCGUGGUCACAUCUGGUCUGAACUGA